GGAACGGCAAGCGUAAAAAUAGCAUGCCAUCCUACUCGGUCGACCCGUGCCGGCCCAUCUUCCUCACCGCGUGCGACGUUCCCGAGACGGACGGUGAUGGCGGCUUUGACGCGCCGCCGCCUGUGAACGACGUGACGCAGCGCCUCGCCCUCCUCGCGCUGCUGCAGUCGCCCCGGCGCGACGAGCAGGCGCCGCCACUCAACCACCACGUGCAGGUCCAGGCGCGAUUCUCGUUCAUCGAGCACCGGUAUGGCACACGGCCCGCGCAGCCAAAGAAGACCAACAAGCGAACGCUGGAUCGGCUCGCUAACCCCAUCUUGGGCCAUACGUCGACGCUCAACGCGCUGCCGCCAGAGCUCCGCAAGAAGCGUGCACCGCUGCACGCCGAGAACACCGACGACGAUCUGCGUGUCGAGAAAGUCAAGCGACCUCUUCUCAAGCCUACCACCAAGCCCAAGCGACUGGCGAAGCUCCCAAUUCAUGUCAAAAGCACGCUUAGCCGCGACCUCAAGAUCGUCAAACCCGCGCCAAGCUGCUUCAUCACGCAGCAGCUCACGUCCAACCAAGUGCCAAAGCGCAAGACGACCAAGAAGAAUGUAACGCGAGCCCCGGCGCCAAAGACUGAGCGCCGUGCCCCAAAGGAAUCGUCGCGCUCCGCCAAAGUUGUCAAGCCCGACGAGAAGAAGCCCGUGCGCAAGCCGACGGUGCUCCCACCGCUGCGCCCGGCGGGGCCUCCAAAGAAGACGUCGUUCCGGCGCUUUUAGCGAUUAACGCUAGCUUUAGUAUUUAACCCUCUACGCCUUAGGACUAUAAUGCAUCACCGUUUGUAGUCGGCCAAGUGCA